GGGAACGUGCCGUGGAGGGAGCGAUCGCUGCAUGCCGUGAGCGCCGACCGUGUGUGCGGCGCUGGUUGCCGUUGCUGGUGGUUCUCUUGGUGCUGUGCGUGCGACUGAACGCGUACUGUUUUGCCGGGUCCCCUCCGGCACGUGACUCCGCGGUACCGAUAGGCGCGACUUCGUCGGAGCAGCCACAGGCCGUACAUAGCCGUACUGUGAGCUCUCUGUGUGCCAGGCCUAACAGAGCCCGCAUUGGGCAGUAUCGUUGGGCAUCGACUUUCCGCGCGGCGCGCAGCACGCGGACCCAAUCGCGCCGAUCGCUCGAAGCGCCGCCGUUGAGGUGAGGCACGUCUCGGCUUUUCAGGACUUUGCGUUCAGAUUUGUGCGUGAGCGAGUAGUGCGAAAGGCGGGACCAGGGAGUGAGAGACCGAAGUGACAGGUCGAUAUGAAACGUGCACCUGACGUUCCUACAUAUAGAUAGACGUGAAAUAGAGUGUUGUGGUUGUUAUGAACCACUAGUGAGUGGUAAGGUCUCGUAUCGGACUUGGCUCAGCUAAUUAGCUGCGUUCUUGAGCAAACAUGGCACUUCCAGUUGAACUUCACUUGUCCUGAAACCUGAUCGAACAACUGCAGCUUUCGAGCGAGCCACUAUGGCUCGUCGUCGUUAAGUGGCCAACUCGGCAGGCACAAUCUUCAACUGAAUGCAUAUCCCACGUUUGGGACAAAUUCUGCAGCGGCUUCGCUCGAGACGAACGACUAGUCGGUCGGGUGCCUGAUAUGAUCUCGUUAGAGAUCGUCGGCUGAAGAAAGCGCCCGGGCCCUGCGUGGUUUUCGCUCGCGAAUAUCACACGAGCUCAGAGAACGGAAAAGCGGUAGGUUCUGGUUGCGAAGACCGAGCAGCACUGGAGUAGCGCAGAGAGAGAGAGAGAGAGAACGCUUCGGCCAUGGACUACGGAUACCUGAACCAGGCUGCUGCGGCCAGCGCCGCGUUCGAACCAUGCAUGGAAUCCGCGGCGUGCCAGCUGUCCUGCUCGUACGCUGAGCUUGGUCCUCCGACGGCCGCCUACCACCGCUACUCGGCGCCCGUGCCAAGGUCCUUCUCGGCACCGCCGUCCGCGUCGGCCCCGACCUGCGGCGCGGCGGGACUCAUCGCUCGAGGAGUGAGGCCCGAGCCUCCGCCACCUCCGCCACCCCCGCCACCGCAGCAGCCGCAGCACCACCCGACGCCAGUCUUCCCGGCCAUUCAGAAAGCUGACGCAUGGGCGCGGGCUGAGCGGUUGCCGGAGUGGAGUCCCGACCGCGAACGGAGUGCGGCGGCGGCUGCGGCGGCGAGACAAGUAUCCUGGUUCGGACAAAGUGCGAUUCCCUACAAGGUGUACACGGCAGCGGCUGCUGCGGCUGCGGCGGCGCACGAGGGUGUUCUGACGGAGAAGCGCAAACAGCGUCGCAUCCGCACCACGUUCACGUCGGCGCAGCUCAAGGAGCUCGAGAGGGCCUUCCAGGAGACGCACUACCCGGACAUCUACACGCGCGAGGAGAUCGCCAUGAAGACGGACCUCACCGAGGCCAGAGUACAGGUGUGGUUCCAGAACCGGAGAGCCAAGUUCCGCAAGCAGGAGAGGCUCAACCAGCAGAAGCAGUCGGCGUCCUCCUCAUCGUCGGGGUCGGACGCCGGCAUCACCACUUCGCCCAUAAGCACCACGGCCGACUCCACGACGCACACGUCGAGCGCCAAGGACUCCAAGGACGUGAAGGUCAUGCUUCACUCGCAGGACGUCAAGCACCUCAACGGCAAAAUUGUGGCCGCGGACAGCCCCUGCAGCCAGCAGCAGCCUCACAUGUCGCCGCCCAAGUGGAGCUCGAGCCCGUGCGGCCAGCCUUCGUGCCUCGGCCCGUACCCGUACGGAUCCGGGCUCACGGGCGUCGACACCAAGCCCAGUUUGUCUCCGCAAAUAUUCUGAAACGACAGACCGUGACAGGAUCGCGAAUGAGCGCGCCACCGCCGUCCCCGUCACGCCAGAGACUGCCACAAUGGCCAUCCGACAGGCACGGAAUGAAUAGCGAGUACAUACCGCAAAGUGGGCUAGGCCUGGAGUGUCGCUGUUGCGUGCCCCUUCCUGCUGCAAAGAGGGUACGGAGGGGGCUUGUGGUCCUGGAUAGUUGCGAGCAGACCCCCUCUUACCACAAAAUGGGGGUGCCAAUGCCGUUCAGAACUCAACUAUACCACCGGACUCGUCGGAACCAGAGCGCGCCCCAAGCUUCAUUAACGAACAAACGAGCGGCUUCGGCUGACACACAGCCUCGUCGAUGAAGCUCCGCUUCAGCGCAUUCGAUCGGAACGUGUGCGCAAUAGAGUGCGUGUGCGUGUGUGUGUGUGCGUGUGCGACUGUGUGCCGGCGACCAUGUGCUUUGUCCAUCCAGCGAGAAACAAACCGGAACUGUGUUUUGGCAGAAAGGCGCGGUUCGGUUGUUUUGUGAUCUUUGGCGUUCCGUUCAUUUCACUUGGUUCCAUUUCCAGCGUCGUUUGCUCCAAACGCAACUUUCAGUGUCAUUGUGUACAGAGUGCCAACAAAGAGACAAAAACUGAAACGCACGAAGCAAGCACGAUCAUGGUAAAUGUGGGUGUUAAGAACGCUGCGUCUUAAGCUUCAGUAUCUCGUGCUCUUCCGGCCGUAAAUAACAACUGCAAGAGGUAGUAUUCAUGUUCACACAUCAGAAAUAUUAUUUCUUAUCGAGAAAACGCGAUCUAUUAUAUUUUAUGCUCAUGGCCUUACAUACAGCGGAGGUUUCACGUGAGAUAUUCCUAGUCAUGUUCUGCUUUAAGUGUCUCACCCCUGAGAAGUUUUCAGUAAGACUUAUGAGGCCUGUUUCACAAAAUAGUAAUACUAAUAACGACUGACUUAGCCAUAAAAUCCGGCUUGAAAUGAGAAGUUCAGAUAAUUUAUUUCGACGUGACUUAAACACAAGGCGAACAAAUUGGCGUUUUGACAACACGAUUUCGAAAAAGAAACGCAUUCGGUAUGCUUCAAUCACUGGAACUAUCGAGAAAAAAAGAACU